UGAUAGGAGCAGGAGCGUGGCAGUGUUGGCGCAGACACCAUAACGCUCGGUUGCUAGUCGGGGUUAAGCGUCGGUUAUGACCCAUAUACCCCUUUGCCUCACACCGCAGGCAAAAGAGAGGUUAGACAAGCAGAGAGAAACACUGCAAUAGGUAACACCAGAGGCUCAGAAGGCGUGCUGCCUGACUAACACCUCCAACAGACAAAGCAAAACAGUGAGAGCUGCCUCGCCUGGUGCGGUGCGGCCAUGGGAGGGUUCCUGGUUACGCAGCUGAUAGUAGUGCUGGCGUUGCUACCGGGACUAUUACUCACCAAAAAGAUCGGUAAGUCAUGUCCCUGCCAAAGGUCCACCAUCGCCCACCCCAUGGCUGACGACACCUACUAUACUGACAUGAAAGCAGUCAUUUUCUGCUGUAAAGAUACCCUGUUGGGCUAUCAAGACCCUGGAGCUUCCAUUCAAUGGUCAUUUAACGGUGAAGCCUACUCCAAAGGAUGGUCCAGCUCAUUCAAGGCUGACCACUGCAGCGAGAGUAUCAUGACCACCUCCACAAAAAUCAGUGAUAACGGCAUCUACAGCUGCACCAUCACCGCCUCCAACGGCACUUCCGAAACCUUCACAAUGUCUCUGUCUGUGGAACGCAACAUUCAGCAUCGCAAGCCGCCGGAAUCGAUCAAGGGCUCGCCGAGCACCGUGGCUCAGUUACAAGACAGAAUCGCCCUCACCUGCGAAAGUUACGUGGGAACAAACGAUACACUCAAACACGGCGUAAGCAUAACAUGGUAUAAAUAUUUCCCGAACAAUACUAUUUAUGGCUUCGCCGAUGAUCUUCCUAACGUGACAGUGACACGAAGCAUCGACUCAAGCAAAACAUCGUGGGGCACGCUGAAAGAAGAAUUGGUUAUCUCGUCAGUUCAUGAAAUACAUUUCGGCCGUUACGAGUGUAGAGUAACAAACAACUAUGGAGGAAUGUCCUGCAACAUCUCCUUAACAGAAGGAAUCCCAGAGGUGCAGGUUAGGAUACUGCAGUAUAAGACAACGGUGGCGGUGGUGGCAGGUCUACUGGUAGUGGUGCUAGUACUGCUGUUAGGCUGGUGCCGCUGUGGGCUUCUAAUCUCCCUGUACUGCCGCCGAAAAACAUCUUCCUCAGAGGACAACCAGUACGAUGUGUUCCUGGUUCACGGAGAGUCUACCUCCCGCUGGGUGUGGUCCUUCCUGCUGCCGGCACUGGAGGACUCCUUUGGCUACAAAUGCUUCCUGCCCCAAAGGGACAUGUGCGGCGGCGACAUGGUAGCAGAAUCCAUACUCGAGGCUAUGGAGAAGUGCCGUCGGGUAGUGGUGGUGAUGACACCGUGCCUGCUUGACAGUCCCUGGGCAACUUGGGCCACCUACAGUGGCAUCCAGACAGCCCUCACAUCCAGGGCACGCAUUCUUGCCCUUGUCCACAAGGAACAGAGCUUGAAGAGUAACUCUCUGCAUCCAAACCCUUUUCUGAGUGUUCUGAAGGUGGUUAAGAAGAUUAAGUUGCCAGAAGAGUUUGCGAGGGACUUUAGUGAACAGUGUCCACUGCAACCUUCUGAUAUACCCAUGCAAGAGAGGAACAACCAAAAGACAGAACUAAAAUUGAUAAUUCCUGAAAUAGAUGUCCGCAAUAGCUCAUCCAACUCUCUUUCAAAAAGUCAGAGGUUUUCAAAUAUGAUCAGUGGAAGCAAUGCCGCCUCAAGGGAAGACUUGGAAUGCACAAAGAACAAACCAACAGAAGUUGGCCAUACUGUUGUGUUCAUGUUUGAGGAUCAGGGACCACAGGAUCCUGGCUCUCCAAACUCAGUGACACCCUUCAUCUUAUCUCCUCAUCCCAAGCCUCACAGAUGUUCUGACAGCUCGGUGUGGCAGUCUGUUAGCUGGUGUUUCCAGAUGAUCUGCAUCGGGGAUCCAGAAGAGCAGUUUUGGCAGAAGCUGCGCCUCCAUUUUGGUCCCCCCUUGCAUCAGCAGGCCCAAGUGCACUGACAAGUGACGCGCCCAGCACAACAUGGGUGCUUUUCACUUCGUGAACUAUGCCUGUGACGGAGGUGAGGUUAGCAGUUGGGAGAUUACAUGAUGCAAAUGCAAACAGAUGCUUCUUUUAAAGGUAACUACCCACUUGCAAGAAUAUACCUUUGAGGUAAUUACAUGAUUCACUUCUAAAAUAAAAUCUAAAAAUAUUUUAUUAUUACAAUUAGUGAGCAAAUGAUGAAGUUGGGACGAUGGACUUAAACAUAACUAAAUAAUGAGUGUGUUUUUGUCUUUGAUUCACUUUCAUGAAAUUUUGCUUUAUUGAAAGAUGCAAAACACAAAAACAAGUAAGAAUUGUUACAUAAGUGACUGAAUCCUAAGAAUAGAUUUUGUGAUACACGUCUAGAACAUCCAUAUUUGUGUAAUGAAGGAAUUAGAACCUGACUUUAUUGGUGUGUGGGAUUUAAAUCAAUUGAUUAUAUUUUUUUCAUUAAGGGAUAUGGUAUAAAUUAUAAGGAGAGAAUUUGCUAUUUCUCCAAUUUACAAGUGGAACAGCAUUUUUUCACAGCCCUAGAUGUUCUUCAAUAUGUCUGGAAGCUAAAUGUUCCACGAGGGCUUGAGGGACGACUUGUUCUUAUAAUUAGCUAGUGACAUAUUAUUGCCUCAAGUCAGGGGCAUUGAUUUGAAGUGUCAAUGAUCAGAAAAGGUUUGAUUUUUCUUUUUUUUAACAAAUGAAAAUAUGCAUGAAGUAAUCAUAUUGUUUUUUUUCUUUUAUGUAGGAGGGGCACCAGCCAAGGGCAACAAAUAUUGCAAAAAAAUAAAUAAAUAAAUAAAUAAAUAAAUAAAUAAAAAAUAAAAAAAAACACUGAGGUGCCGAUCCCUGAAAAGAGUCAAAAGCGUCAGUCAGAAAUAAAGGAUAAAUGUCUUGAAACCUCCCUUUUGAAGGAGUUCAAGACAUACAAAGGUGGAAGUAAAGAAACAGGCAAAGAGUUCCAGAGUUUGCCUAUGUUAGGAUACGUUAGAUUAGGUUACUACGUUCACUUAAAUUUAUUACUUUCUAAGUACGGGUGAUAAGGAGUGCUCUCAUUACGAAUAAACACGUUGUUUUAAUUAUGAGAUUAUACUGGGUAUCAAUUUAAAAUGAUGAAUGAUCUGCUUCAUGUGUUUUCUGAAACUUAUUUUAGGGACUUUAAAAAGGGUUAACACAAUGGAUAUGUUCAGCAUAAUGGUAUUCACAUUACAUUAAAUGACGAAGUACCUGAGUGGAAGUCACCAGAGAGACUUCUACUUGCCAUAUACAUGGUGCACUUUCAUGGUGUGCUGUCACAAAAAUGAUGAUCCAUUGAACUAGACUUUACUAUAAGCCAUGUAGACGUAAAAGUAAGGGUGGGAUUGUGAUAGUAAUGGUUUUCAUGUCCUUGACGUUUUCUUGAAAUCCUCAACAUGGAGAUUUUAUUCAGAACAUUGUGGUCCAUUACAUAUGCACAGACACACACAUAUACGCACACACACACAUACAAGUGUGUAGUAUUUCAACCAUAAAUACAGUUUAACUAGUUGAAAAUAAUUCAAUGAUUUUUGCAUCAAUUACAUUGAACUUUACUUUGUUCUGAUUUUUGUGACUCACUUUUUUUCUUUUAACUGUAUAUAUAGAGAUAUCAGCUAGGGUACCGCCAUGGUACAGUGGUAGUGCGGCCAGUUGGGUUACAAUGGAUUCUCAGGCACAUGGGUUCAAAUCAUAGCCACGGUCUGAGGUUAAGGGUAUCCACUCAGAGUAACGGUUCCCAAAUGCCAAAAUAAAAGUUCUCCAUUGCGAGGCAUCAUCCUAAUUUGGAUAUGUUGGGGAAUCUGGACGUGAAAAAAAAGAGAAAAAAAAAAAAAAGGGAAUAUUACAUAAAAUAUAUAUUUUUAUAUAUAAAAUGAUUAUUUUGUUACAGUUUUUGAAUUUAUGAACCACUCUCACCGCUUAUUAUGAGAUUCCACAACAGUACAAACCUUCAUUAUAUCCAACACUGCCAGUUGUAUCAAGUACUUUCAAAUAAAUACAAGAUUACCAUUUACAUGUAACAUUCAACAUUGUCAAUUACAAUUUAAGGACAUUCAGCACUGCUGAUUACAUUCAACACUGCUACUAACAUACAACUUCAUCAGGCCUAAAACUACCAUUACAUUCAUCAAUGAGCAUUAUGCACAGCUUUAUUACAUCUAUCACUGCCAGACACAUUCAAUACUGCCAAUGAAAACUUGCUCACGUCCAACACUUCCAGCUAUGUUCAAUACUAACAUUAUAUGCUACUCAGUUUUGUGCAAAACUGCCAAGCUUUAGAAUGAAUGAAACCAUUUCUACAGGUUACAGUGUUUUGAAGAGCGAUGAUUGAAAAUAGAAAAGAGGAAUAGUUUUAUAUUGAUUCAUUGGAUUUUUUGCACAUUAUGAAAUGAUAAGGUAAAUCCAGACUUAUGAAUAGGUGGAAAAGUGUGUGUUAUAUUUUUCUAAAAAGUGAAUGAUGAGUGGAGAGAUUGCUAAUGAUUAUCUUACCUGCCAACAAUGAGUACCAUGAUUUUAGCUUUUAUGAGUAGGUGUGUGGUGGAUGUUUCCUUCCUUAUAAAAUAAUGGAAUUGUAUUGUGUACAUGUAUACUGAUUACUGAUGUAUACUGAUGUAUAAUGAUUACUUUUUAAAAUAAAAUUAUGAUCUUCA